AAUCAAAUUGUGAAUUUGGAUAGGGACAGUUGCCAUAACGCAUUGCAUUUUGCAAGGCAUGAUUGUUGUAGGAAGUGUCUAGUUUUUUUUCUUCCUUGAGCCGGGCUAUUCAAACCUGCAAAUCUAAGUAAACAAUCAUUCGAACACUUACGCAAAUGCAAAUAAAUGAAUGACUAAUGAGCAUGCAUUGAGACUCGUCUAGAUUUAUAGGCGAAUUAUGACUGUACAUUUGGGAUCUGCAGAAUAUGGCGUCCUGUCCUUAUAAAAAUAAGACGGGCUGCCAUUUUUGUUUUCCUUUUGUCUGAAUUUUUUAAUAAAACUGUCUGAGAAUGUGGGAUAGGCUCUGGAUCGAGGCACUAGGGGGAUCGGAGUUGAUCUGCAUUCAAAAUACUCCGGAUAAGAUGUUUUAUGAUUUUUUUACAUUUCAAGUUUUAAAGGUAUUUUUCUUGAAACCUGGAAAUGAACGCAGACAUCCCGAUAGAAUAAAGGAAAAGAUGGCAGAGCCUCGUUUUAAUAAUGCCUACUUCUGGCCUCCACCCCCCACCAUGCCAGGCCAGUUGGACAACCUGGUGUUGAUCAACAAGAUCAAGGAACAGCUCAUGGCCGAGAAGAUUCGGCCGCCCCACCUGGCGCCCUCCGCGGUACCGUCCCAACAGCAGCUGCUGGGGAGUCCUCCACAGGGGGAAGGUGGCCAGCACGCUCCUAUGUCGGUUCAGAAACUGCAGCAGAUGCAACAGGGACUCCAUGCUCACAGCCCGUCGCAGCCAGAUGUCGCCCUGCAUGCCCGGCCGGCCUCCAGCUCAGUCGCAGGACGUAUUCUUGGGGAUGUAAACUUGAAUAUGGAUGAUAAGACAGCUAUAAAAGCUAGAGGAUUGUGGGAAGACUGGCAUUUGCGUCAAAUCAUAGACCAACCCUCUAGAACAAACCAUCUGUCAGGUUUGGCGCUUUCCUCUCGAACGGGCAACCACACCACCACAGAGGGCGUCACCCUGACCACACCCACCUCCAGCCAGAGCCGGCUAGGCGGCGUGCCCUCGCCUCAUCACGUCCUCUCGGGCUUGGCCAGCGGCCCCGGGAUUGACCAACUCAAAAGCAACGGGGGCCUUGCCGGACUGCUGGGCCCCCCUCCCAAGACGGAGGGGCGAGGGCGUAAGAAGAUCAAAGCGGAGAACGGUGGUGGCCCUCUGUUGGUGGUACCUUACCCCAUCCUGGCCUCAGGCAAUGACCAGUCCUCCCACACCAUCACUCCCAAAGAGGGGAAAUGCUACAGGUGUAAAUCAUGCCCGCUGACGUUCUUCUCCAAGUCGGACAUGCAGAUCCACUCCAAGUCUCACACGGAGACCAAGCCUCACAAGUGUCCCCAUUGUUCCAAGUCCUUUGCCAACGCGUCCUACCUCGCCCAGCACCUCCGCAUACAUCUGGGCGUCAAACCGUAUCACUGCUCCUACUGCGAGAAAUCCUUCCGCCAGCUCUCUCACCUGCAGCAGCACACCAGAAUUCACACCGGAGAUCGGCCCUAUAAAUGUGCCCAUCCAGGUUGUGCAAAAUCCUUCACUCAGCUCUCCAACCUGCAGUCUCACCAGAGACAGCACAACAAAGACAAGCCCUACAAGUGUCCGAAUUGCUACCGGGCCUAUUCAGACUCGGCCUCGCUGCAGAUACACUUGUCUGCACAUGCCAUUAAAAACGCCAAGGCCUACUGCUGCAGCAUGUGUGGUAGAGCCUACACUUCAGAGACCUACCUUAUGAAGCACAUGUCUAAACACACUGUGGUGGAACACCUGGUGAGUCAUCAAUCCCCACAGAGGACCGAGUCUCCCAGUAUCCCCAUACGGAUCUCCCUUAUCUGAGCCCUGACAACCAGCCUCAGGCCCCUAUAGAGGAACACCCUGUGAUGUCACUCUCCACUCACGCGUAAUCAAUCCCAGAUAAUGUUUUUUUUUUAUUUGUUUGUUGUCCGAAUGUCCCCGUUUGUUUGUGUGCUUUCCAAAAAUGUGCCAGACUAUUGUACCUUACCAAGAAGUACUUUUUUACACCUCCUUUCAUCUAUAAGGUGUGGCUGGGGAAUGUUUGGGACAUCCAAAGAUGAUUUUACAGCACUUUCAGGCCUAAUAGUAUUGGCCAAAAAGGUUUUUAGUCUACUAAGACAAUAAAAGGCAUUGCUCCAGGCAGCUAAAACGUUAACCAUAGGUAUUAUAACGCAUUAAAGGACCACUUACUUGCAUUUUGUAGUGUUCUCUCUUUACUCUUGCAAAGGUAUAUUUGCAUUGGAAACUUUGUCUUCCUUAUGGUUAGGUCAACUGACCAAUUGCCAAUAAGAUGAAUGCCUAAAUCAUGUAUACAAGCUUUUUUGUGCCACUCCUAAUGUCAGUGUUUGCCUCAUUUUGUUACUUCAAAAGAUAACGUUUUCAUCUAGGCUUCAUCAAAUUUAAGUAUAUCUUAGACCACAAUGCACACAAGACUUUCCAGUUGGAGGGUCGAUAUCUUUUACGGUUGUUUUUGUAUUUUUCAUCUCGUUGUUGUUAUUGUCCGUGGUAUUAAAAAAAGGACACCGCUCAAGGCAAUUCUGAAGAGCACCAAAAUAUAUUUUGAAUCUGAUGUUGAUAUUUGUAGAAACCUAGUGUGUAAGAGUCGAACUGUUUUGUUUCACAGAACUGAUAAGCACUGCCAUGUAUUUAAUAAAUCAAGUGUAAAAAUGGUCCAUUAUGGAACUGUCAUUUGGAAUUUGAUAUUUGUUGGUCGUUCCAGUAUGCCUAACACCUCGAUCACACCUACAGCGUUGAUCCACAGACUUGUAUGCAUCUGUGCGUUAUCUGGGUAUAUGUGCAUAAGAAGAAGCUGCUUCCGCAUACAUCCUGAUGUAAAUCCUGGAUAUGAUGGAUAAAUCCGAGCCAUGCACCGCAUAGGACGCUCUGCAACUGCCUCCCCAGGGCAAAGCUGCAAGGCGAGUGCUGCAUUCUGCUGGAAAUUAAAUAACUUUUGUACCAAAGCUAAUUGACACUGUAGCUGUGAUCGAAUUGUUGCUGACAGAACUUAAUGGAAGCAGACAAACACAUUUCAAUACAAAUCUUCACAAACACAUUCCAGUCUACAUUUCAGUGUGACAUGGCACAAUGACCUUCUGCCGUUUGUCAUGCUGUGAUGAAGUAUUGUACGUGCCAGAGUUCUGCCUUUAUGCCACAGUGAUUUGUUUACUGACAUGGAUGAGGAAAGGGGUCUCUGUAUUUUAUUCAAUUUUAUCUUGCCUAUGAAAUACCCAAAUAUGAGAGUUACUAUGUGUGCUACCAAAUGAAUGUAAUCCUUAACCGUUUGAAUUGGGAUAUUUAUUCUACAGCUAGGCCCAUGUUGUGUAGGAUAUUUAUUCUACAGCAAGGACAAUGUCCUCUAGGGUAUUUGUUCUAGAACUAGGCCCAUGUCCUCUAGGUUAUUUAUUCUACAACUAGGCCCAUGUUGUUUGAGACAUUUAUUCUACAGCUAGGCCCAUGUUGUGUAGGACAUUUGUUCUACAGCAAGGACCAUGUCCUCUAGGGUAUUUAUUCUACAACUAGGCCCAUGUUCUCUGGGAUAUGUAUUCCACAACUAGGACCAUGUUGUCUGGGAUAUUUAUUCUACAACUAGGGUCAUGUUGUCUGGGAUAUUUAUUCUACAACUAGGACCAUUUCCUCUAUGGUAUUUAUUCUACAACUAGGCCCAUGUUGUCUAGGAUAUUUAUUCUACAACUAGGGCCUUGUUGUCUGGGAUAUUCUACAACUAGGACCAUUUCCUCUAUGGUAUUUAUUCUACAAAUAGGCCCAUGUUGUCUGGGAUAUUUAUUCUACGACUAGGACCAUGUUGUCUGGGAUUUUUAUUCUACAACUAGGACCAUAUCCUCUAGGGUAUUUUUGCCCUUUUAUGUUCAACAGUGAUAUUAAGUAAAUUCAUUUUUUUUGCAUCCCAUGAAAUGUAUAUAGAUAUCUUUAUGUACAAAAAAGGUCUCCUCAUGUCUUGUAAUCCUUCUGCUCUCAUGCCUAAAUAUUAAUAAUGACAUUUUGUUAUUUUUAUACGCAUUCAAGCCUUAACUUUAUUGUAAUUGUAUUAUCACAUUUUAUUUGUCCCACAUGGAUGCAUCUCUGUACCCAGCGCUUUAUGCAUUUUUAUUUCAUAGCAUGGAAUAUACUGUAAAUAAACUAUAUUAACUGUUAA